CCGCCCCAGCCAUCGGACAGUGCUUUGCACCGGCCGCUGCUGGCCGAUCCACAUCGCCUCCUGGACACCUUUCCGUCGUUGGCCAGAGGCAGGUGCAGCGUCCGCCAGACCCGUCCACGCCAGCGCCCGACUGCCAGCCCCCGAUCGAUAUCCAUGGGGCAGGAAUAGGGGGGGGGGCGGUUUUUGGAUACUUGGCUCUCCGGUACUGCUUUGCUCCGACACAAGACUCACAAGGCUCGUCUGCAACAGACCACUUUCCUAUAGAUCCCACCACCCACCCACCCACUUGCCCAGCAUGCUCGCGGGCAUCUUCAAAAAGACCAAAACCUGCGCAUCAUGCACCAAGAAAAUCUCGUUUCGGGACAAGAUGGUGCCCCUGAGCGGCCGGUUCUACCACGCCGAGUGCAUCCUCGUCUGCAACGACUGCACGUCCGUCACCGACAAGCAGUACAGUCUCAGUGGUCUCGACGGCGUCCCGCUGAUUCUCUGCGAGAUAUGCUACUCGACCCGCAUCAAGUCCCGGAUCCAUGAUCUUUCGACGGCGCCGCAAUGCCGAAGCUGCCAGCGACCCAUCCUGCUGGAACUCCCUGUGGAGAUCUCUGGGGCCCACCAUGGCCCUGAGAACGCUUCCGAGACUGAGCUAUGGCACGCCGCUUGUCUGAACAUUCAUCAGAAAUGGAGGAUCCAGGUCUCGGACUCGAUCACCUCCAGCAUUGCAUAUUACCAGGAGAACUAUGAGCCCCACUGCCGAAAAUGGGAAAAGAGUGUCGCGGCCAUCUGGGAAACCUUUGUGAAGUUCGAAGCACUCAUCAACGAAACCCAGGCCGAGAUUCUGCAGUGGCUAAAGGAGACAUCCGAUUCGGCCACGCUUCCGCGGGUCGCAUCGCCGGCAUUCACUCUGGCCUCUGGCACCGGCACCGGCACCGGCACCGACACUGAGAGCGAAGCAGCCUUUGAGAUCGGACCCAAGACCAUCGUCAGAGAGAUCAAGGCCAUGUUUGAGCUGCUGAACGAAAUGGACGUGGCGAGCCAUCGCAUGUCAUGUCCAGAAGAGGACGUCCGCAAUGCCCGCAAGACCCUCAAGUCGUUCAUGCGACACUUUUGCGGCUUUCUCCGGGAAUUCAAAGAGCGCUCGCCGGCCGAGAGCAGCCUGGACGAGUUGCGCGACGCCAUCUCGCAGAUAUACGAGCCUAUUCAUGGCCUCGUCAAACAGAUGGUUGUGUGGAUGCUCCUGCUCUAUGGCAAGGACGAUGCGAUGGACCAUGAGUGUGCUUCCCAGGCGAUCCAGCGCAUAUCUGAUACCAUCCAGGCAACGCCCCUGAAAACGCCUGCUUCGUCGAUGCACUCAUCGUCCGAGCUGGACCUGUGUCUGUCUCCAGUCUCUCUGCAAUCCCAUGGUUUUACAUAUGGCCAAGCACAAGUCGGAUCUCGAUCGGCUAGCCCAAGGUCGGUUGUGGAAAGCCCCGGACGGAGACACAAGAGAUCGCUGAGCGACCGGUGCAGCCACGCAGCGGGGCCGGCCUGUAGCCACGACAUCGUCCCCGGGUACUCUGCCGGAAAGGGCAGCGACAGACUACAGCUGACCCGAGAGUACAGCUGGAUCGAGGCCCAGCAAAAUCUUUUGGAGCGCUACCCGCCCUACAGCUACGAAAGCACCCAUGUCGACACAAUCGGAUCAGAAUAUACCCUUUCAGAUUCGCAGGACGACCGACUGGCUCAAGACUUUCCGCUCCCGCCUGUACCGCCGACCUAUUAUGAGUCGUAUCAGCGCCAGUGCCAGUCGACCAAGAACAAGAACACGCGGUUCCCGUUCAAGAUCUAUCGGUCGAUUGCGAGCGAGAACAUGCCGCAUAUGUUCAAGAUGUAUACCCAGGCGGCAGUGAUUCCGACACCGCCCGUGGCCGAGUACGCGAUGGCCAAGUAUUGCAGUCGCUCGGACUCGCUCACAUAUACUCAACCACCGAAGAGGGACUUUGAGCAGUGCACCAUAACCACCCAGACCACCUUGAGCGACGAGGCUGGGGAGCCUGAGCCGGAGCCUGAGCCGGAGUCGGAGCCGGAGCCGGAGCCGGAGUCGGAAUGCAAGGACGAAUACGAAUAUGAACACGGAUCUGGACAUGAUCACGAACAUGGCCGCGAUCGCCAACGUGAACUGGAACAUGAAGGUCAAGGUGAAUCUGAGCAUGAAGAUGGGCGCCGUAGAGAGUCGCCGAGACCGACCAACCUGCCCGCACAUGCAUACACCCUGCCGGCCGAGCAGGAGCAAGAGCCCGCCGUCGCUGCCGCUCAAUGGGGCGAUGAUUUGGAUGAGCUACAUCAACCACGGGUGAUGCAGCCAUAUUCAUCCGCCCAAGCUUCAUUCAAGCAUCACGAUCGUCAAGAAAGUCCCAGUCUUGCUCCCCAAGCCCCCGCCGACGCCUACGACAGCGAUCAUAGUGCCGACGAUGUAUACGAGGACGCCCGCACAAUUCCCCAUAGCAUCAGGAGCGGCGAGCUUACCGAUACCAGUCUCCCAGAGAUGGACUUUGGGCCACGUCUUUCGACGUGCAUGAAGCUUGAUGUCGAGUCGAUCUUGAAGAGCUCGAGCGCUGCCUCGAUGUCGGAGAGGAACCAUGGUGCAGACUAUCUUGCAAGCGAGUCCGAAAACAGCUCGAAAAGUACGGAGCCGGCCUCAAGCCCAGCAACAUCCUUCCGCCGACCGAUGAAUGCCAUCGACCCUCGCUUCUCGGGAAUCGCGAUCGAGAAACUAACGCACAUGGCGGCGGUGACCACACAACGAGACGAUGCCAAGGGAGUCGAAUGGGCCGAGAUCUUGAAAUCCCAGGAUAUUUUUAUGCUUUCGGACCUGAGCUACCUGGACGACGCCGACUGGCCGCUGCUGGGACUGACCGUCUUUGCCCAGCGUGCCGUGCGACUAUGCUGGGACGGCGUGCGAGAAGGCCGGAUAGAUGUUGAGCGUUGGGGACGGGAGUUACUCUGAUUUCGGCUGCUGUAUUUUCUCAUCCUUCUUCCGGUCCUUCUGGAUCAUGAAUACACGCGGCCGUGGCCGAGUGCGAUAUCCCUUUGA